AUGGGAAAAGUUUCUAUUAUCGCAUCAUUAGUCGUUGGAUUUGUAGCUAUCUCAAUCAUCUGUUUGUCUGUUGGAUUGAUUUAUAGGAAUAAAAAGGCUAAAGUUGAUACUCCUAGCACUGAAAUUAUUUGGUCCUUCCACUUAGAAAAUGAUUCUGACUUGAAACUUAAAGGCAAUCUCGAUGUUAUUGACGUAAACAUUCUUAAAACAGAGAACUAUUCCGUGGGCACAUAUAAUGCUAAUGUUAAUAGCAUUGAGCAUGAAUUUCCUACAGCCAAACUCACUGGAUGGACUCACACAUAUCAACAACCUCUCAUGAUACAGAAAUUUGUUGUUGAAUCCAAUGAGGUCAACUUUUUAAAAGUUGAACCUAUUUCUGGUUUCACGGUUUUCAAUAAUCAAGAUUCAGGUGACUUCGUAACAAUUUGGCAUGAUGAAGACUUUCAUCACUAUUCUCCCAAGGGACAACUUCUAUCAAUAGGUCCAUUCCCAUUUGCAAAUGGAGAUGAUUCAAUCAAUCCAAAUGAUCUAGAAAUACCUACAAAAAUUUCUAAACCUGAAUCAGAAGUUGAUUCUACUGAUACUGAACUUGAUUCGGAUUUGGAUGCUACCUACAUGAUUAAAGAACCUGAAGUUGAACCUACUAUUGAACUUGAUUCGGAUUUGGAUGCUACCUACAUGAUUAAAGAACCUGAACCUAAACCACUUCUCAAUAAUAUGUAUCCAGAUGUAUUAACAACUGGUUGGACUCUUGAUGAAUUGGAUAAAUCUAAAAAACCUGAUGAUGUUAGUUUUGAUACUGCUGCUGGAUUUCCUUCUGGUUGGCAUGAUAAUAGUGAUAUAGUUGAACAUAAACCUGAACCUAAACCACAAACUAAACCUGAACCUAAACCACUUCUCAAUAAUCUGUAUCCAGAUGUAUUAACAACUGGUUGGACUCUUGAUGAAUUAGAUAAAUCUAAAAAACCUGAACCUAAACCACUUCUCAAUAAUAUGUAUCCAGAUGUAUUAACAACUGGAUGGACUCUUGAUGAAUUAGAUAAAUCUAAAAAACCUGAACCUAAACCUGAUGAUGUUAGUUUUGAUACUGCUGCUGGAUUUCCUUCUGGUUGGCAUGAUAAUAGUGAUAUAGUUGAACAUAAACCUGAACCUAAACCACAAACUAAACCUGAACCUAAACCACUUCUCAAUAAUCUGUAUCCAGAUGUAUUAACAACUGGUUGGACUCUUGAUGAAUUAGAUAAAUCUAAAAAACCUGAACCUAAACCACUUCUCAAUAAUAUGUAUCCAGAUGUAUUAACAACUGGUUGGACUCUUGAUGAAUUAGAUAAAUCUAAAAAACCUGAACCUAAACCUGAAGAUGUUAGUUUUGAUACUGCUGCUGGAUUUCCUUCUGGAUGGCAUGAUAAUAGUGAUAUAGUUGAACAUAAACCUGAACCUAAACCACUUCUCAAUAAUAUGUAUCCAGAUGUAUUAACAACUGGUUGGACUCUUGAUGAAUUAGAUAAAUCUAAAAAACCUGAACCUAAACCUGAUGAUGUUAGUUUUGAUACUGCUAAUGGAUUUCCUUCUGGAUGGCAUGAUAAUAGUGAUAUAGUUGAACAUAAACCUGAACCUAAACCUGAAGAUGUUAGUUUUGAUACUGCUAGUGGAUUUCCUUCUGGAUGGCAUGAUAAUAGUGAUAUAGUUGAACAUAAACCUGAACCUAAACCACUUCUCAAUAAUCUGUAUCCAGAUGUAUUAACAACUGGAUGGACUCUUGAUGAAUUAGAUAAAUCUAAAAAACCUGAACCUAAACCACUUCUCAAUAAUAUGUAUCCAGAUGUAUUAACAACUGGAUGGACUCUUGAUGAAUUAGAUAAAUCUAAAAAACCUGAACCUAAACCACUUCUCAAUAAUAUGUAUCCAGAUGUAUUAACAACUGGAUGGGAUGCUAACUACAUGAUUAAAGAACCUGAACAAGAAACUUUCGUCAAUAUUCUCCCUGAAAUGAAUCUCACUAAAGAAGAUUUAGUUUUUGAUCUUUCAGCUAUUACUCUUGCUACUGAGGAAACUCCUUAUAAGAUUAUACAAGGAAAUGAUGAAUUGAAUAUUAAGAAGCACAAGGUUGAUGAUGUUUUUAAGAAGUACAGCUGUUCAGUCACUAACGACAGGACAUUUAAACCUCAUAUUAGGCAUUUCCUCUCUAAUUUCGAACUCGAUUGUGAAAACGUUUCUGAACUUGAGCUUUAUGUUGGUGAAUACGACGAACCAUUGUGUAUUAGAUUAAAAGAUCAGACUGGAUUUAAGACCUAUGUCCAUAAAGGAAACAACAAAUGGGAAUCCAUUAAUGUUCAAGAGUUGAAUACAAAUAUUCUUGAUGAACACUACCUUUUGCUAAGGGAUGAUAUUACAAUGAUUGAUUUUUCCAAAAAAUCAGGGAAUUACAAAUUUGGUAAGUAUAAGGUAUAUGUGACUGAACCUAGUUCAUCUCUACCAGAAUCUGACCCUAGUUCAUCCGAUACAAAUCUAUACCCUGGAUUCAAAGCAUAUAUUCACACUAUUUAUAAUGAUACUGGUAGCACCGUUGACUUCGCCAGUGUCAGGGUCCACAGGUUCAAAUAUGGAAGGGACUCUCUUACUGGGUUUAUGCGUCAUUUCUUAAUACGUAAAUUAUUUGUUUAUUUCUGGGAGCCGGAAUCAGCAAAACCAAUUUAUAUAAGGAUGUUUGCACAUCUUGGUUUCUUAAACUACUUUGGUUAUCCUCAUUACAAUCUACAAACAGACACUUCUAUGUUCACUUAUUACUUAACACUUGCUAACUUUGAAGUGAAUAAUGUUCUGGCUAUCAAUCUAGCAAGACAUGAUCCAUACGAUUUUGAAGGUGGUAUUUCAAGUUAUCAAACCCGAAAUCAAUUAACAGUGAAACGUCAGGAGGAUUAUCCUCUUAAGCCUUUCAGGAGAUGUGUUCAUACCCUUACUGUAGAUGGUGUUAAUAAACCAUUUAGCAUUUUAAAGUUUAUCAACGAACCUAACCUGAGUGUAGACCAAACCAAAGUUUCGUCAUUGGAAGCAUAUUAUCACAAUAAACAUUUGACUAAACCACUUUUGGUCAUUUUGAAUGGAUCAGUAAGACAGAAAUUUUAUAAGCUCGAGAAUAAUGGUUAUGUUUCUAUGGAUAACCUUAUUGUUGAUUUAAAAAACACCUUGAAAUAUUUGGUAUAUCAUAAUUACAAAUAUCUUAAAAUUGAUGUUUCAAAAAUGACCAAUUAUCAUUACACAGGAGAAUCAACUACAUCUUCAUUACCAGAUGCCGAUAUUAUGGUAUCCGUCGAUGAGGUCCAACUGAGUGAAUUCUUUAAGUUUACUCACAGUCUUAGGCUAGACGGUAUUCAAUCUAAAUUUAGAUUAAUUGCAUUGGAUGGUGCUGAUAUUACUUUUGAUGAUCCAGAAUUAACAAGUGUAGAUUCUUACUUUCUUACCAAAGAUAAGCUCAUUCCCUUAAUCGUUGUUCUUAGAGGUGCCGUGGAUGUUGCUUAUGUUUAUAAAAGAAAAAGAUACCUUAGAGAGUCAAUUAACACCUCUAAUCCAUUGGAUGUUUUGAGAAGACUAGCACAUCAGAAUUUUGAUUCACUUUAUUUGAAGUUAGAUCAAACUUCUAGUUACUAUGACAAACAACAGGAUGGGUUUAGUGUAACUGUCUCUAAUGGAGAUACAUCUCAUCAAGGGUAUACACAUUAUGUUCACACAUUUGAAACCCCCAAUGAGCCACAUAAAAAAUACAACAAUGUAAUAUUUCUCAAUGCGAAAAAUUACUUUCAUCUUAAAAUAGAUGAAAGUCAUUAUGUAAAAGCAAACGUCUAUAUUGAUAAUAAUAAGUUUCCAUCCAUUGUCUCACUUAUUGAUGACAAAGGAACUGGUUGUCAUUUCAUUUUCCAAAAUAAUGUUUAUAAAAAGGCAAAGGAAGAAAAUGUAAAUACAAAACUUUCCUCUGGUUUAACCAUUCCAGUGGACUGUUUAAAUUUGAUUACCAUGAACCUUAAAUCUAAUCCGACUUCAAUAUUUUUCAGAUUUCAUCAGUCAAUUAAUGUAAAGAAUUUUAAAUUUUAUAAUAAAGAUUUGUACAAUAUGUACAUUGAUUCUUUCAGUUAA